AUGUGCAUCAGAACAUCUAUCUGUCCUCAUCUCUUUAUCUAUCUAUCUUUAUCUCUUCAUAUCUAUUUCAUUCAAUUCAUAUCAAUCGCAAUAAAUUCACAUCUAUCUUUGUUUCUUCAUAUCUAUCUUCAUAAUUUUUAUUUCUAUCUUCAUCUCUUCACAUCCUUCUCAUUCAAUUCCUAUCUAUUUUUGUCUCUUCAUAUCUUAUUCAUUUCAUAUUUAUCUCACUCAAUUCACAUCUACUUAUGUGCUCUUCAUAUCUGUCUUCCUAUCUAUUUCAUUCAAUUUGUAUCAAUCUAUUUUUGUACUUUUCAUAUCUAUCUACAUCUCUUCAUGUCUAUCCAUCAAUCCUGGAUUACAUUUACCUUUUACUUAUGCUUCGUUGCUGAAAUUCUACCUCUUCUCUGCUACAAUUUUUUUUUUCCCUUCCUUGUUUUUCAUCUCCUCUUUCUUUUUGCCUGUUGUUGCCAUCUUCUACCACUCCGCUAUCACUUUCAUUGUCGUAACCUUUUCUUCCAAUUCCUUAUUGGUCUCUCUCUCAUUUUCAUUUUUUGUCUCUUACUUCUUCAUCUUUUUUUAUUAUCUUCUGCUACUAUUCAUUUUCUUUCCUUUCUUAUCCUCCCCCAUGACCUUUAUCCUGGAUUACUUUUAACUUUUACUUAUGAUUUGUCGCUGAAAUUCUGCUUCUUCGGCCUUUUCUGCUCCAAUCUCCCCCCCCCCCACCACCACCACCACCACCACCUUGUCUUUCAUCUCUUUCUUUUUGCUUGUUGUUAUAAACUUCUACCACAUUUCUAUCUCUUUCAUUGUCAUCAUCGUCUUCUCCACUUCCUUAUCGGUCUCUCUCUCUCUCUCAUCAUCGUUUUUGUCUCCUACUCCUCCAUUUUUUUUAUUAUCUUCUGCUACUCCUCAUUCCUUUCCUCUUUUUAUCUUCUUCCCUGUCUUUCAUCUUCCUACACCUCCUCCUCUUUUGCCGACUUUUACUUCUACGUAUCAUCCGUCAUCUCUUUUGUUAUUGUCACCUCCUCAUCCUUCCAGUCUUUUUGGUCAUCAUCUUCUCCUCAUCCUCCUCUCCAUUGUCAUCUCUUCCUCCUCCCUUUUAUUUCUUUUGCCUUUGUCUUUUCCUCCUCUUCCUGCUUCUUUUGUCAUCAUUUGUCUUCAUUCUUUAUACCUCCUCUUUUUUUUCUUUUUUCACUAAUCCUCCAUCUUUUUUGCCAUCUUUUAUUCCUCCUCCUCUUUCAUCAUCUUCUACUGUUCCUCCUCCUUUUUCAUCAUUUUACACACCACCCCUCCUUUGUCAUCUUCUUCUCCUCUUUCGGUAUCUUCUUCUUCUUCUAA